CGCACACAACAGCGCACCGACCGACUGAACAUGACGCGAAAAACAAGAGAAAACCACGACAAAAGUGGAGUAUUUCGAGUCGUGUCAUUCUUCAAAUGCUGCAUUUCAAUCGUGGUUUUUACAGAGGUGUCGAGGUGUGAUGCUGUGCAGGUGUCAGUGCGUGACGAGCGGCGCUUUGCGAUGCUGUUUCAGUCUGUGGUUUUGCCUUGUCAUUACACCAGCGUCUCCACGCAGACGCCGGUGGUCCAGUGGUGGUACAAGUCGUACUGCCGCGAUCGCACGCGCGACAUCUUCCGCUUCCCUGACACGCCGGCGGUCCAGAGCUCUGAGUCGGGCUCUUCAGUUCACCUCGACUGUGGGGACAGCGAGCGAACGGUCCGCAUCGUAGCGUCUGGACAGGGGUCGUCCAUCACCCUCUCUGAGUACUACAAGGGCCGAGACAUCUCCAUCAUUAACAAGGCUGACCUGCGCAUUGGCGAGCUGCAGUGGGGUGACAGUGGUCUGUAUUACUGUAAGGUGAUCAUCUCAGACGAUCUGGAGGGUCAGAAUGAAGCUCACGUGGAGCUGCUUGUGUUGGGUCAGACACGUAUGACCGAUGAUCUUCUACCUGGCAUUAAUGUGGAGAUUAUUCCAGAGUGGGUGUUUGUGUGUGUUGUUGUCAUAGGCAGUAUUGUGGUCAUUCUGUUGGUGGGGUUGUGUUGGUGUCAGUGUUGUCCUCAUUCCUGUUGCUGUUACGUGAGAUGUUGCUGUUGUCCGGAUAGCUGCUGCUGCCCUCGACACUUGUACGAAGCAGGAAAAGGGAUCAAGACGACACCACCGACGCCUGUGGCCAUGUACCCUACAUACUACAUACCUGGGAUGCCAACCAUGAUGCCUAUCGCACCCCCCUCCCUGAUGGAUCCUCACCUGAGCUCAGUGGAGAGUAACGGCACGACAGCGUGCAGUGGUUUUCAUCUGCAGCCCGCAUCAGAUCAGAACUCUCUGAAGGUGUUGCAGUAUGUGGAAAAGCAGCUUGCUGAAUUCAACCCGUCACAGACGCUCAGCAGCAGCAGCAGCAGAGACACGUGCGGUCUGUCUGAACUGAGUUCAUUACACGAUGUAGAAACAGACUUCCGUCAAACCUACAGACAAGUGCAAAAAAAAGCUCUACCGGCCAUCCCCGACCUCGAUGACGUGCCGGACCUCCUGACCUCAGAUUUAUCAGCUUCUCAUGAGGAACGAUACACACGCCAGCCGCAGCGCAGACUCCGUGAGACGGACGACAACCCCAGGUGGAAGCCACGCUCAGAACACUUGAAGAGGAAACCAUUCCUGGAACGUGGACGCACAGGAUCGCUGGAUGAGCUGGAGGAGUUAGCUAUGACGUAUAUGCAGCGAGGGCGUCGUCACGGCGACUCAGGAUUCAGGAAGGAUGACUACAGAGCACGGGACCGAGAACGAGAACUGGAACUCGACGGUUAUCCGAUUUAUUGUUCCAAACGUCACUCUUCAAAGGACCGCCCACCCAGCCCCCCACCCUUACCUGGGCAAAGGCCUGGCCCUUGGGAAAACAACCAACCAGAGCGGGAUCCACGAGACUACGACGAUGCUCUUCUCAACAGUUUCAUGGAGUGUAAAGCUAAAGCAGGAGAGAAAGGUUCUUUUAAAGCGAGAAGGACUGAGGAGGGUUCAGACUCGCCUUCUAAAAACAGCUCCAAAAAGAGUCAUGAGCGUCUGAAUGGCAGGUCACCAAGCAACCGGUCACCUCGCCACAAGACGGCAGAGGACACAGAAUCCUUACCCCCCUACACGGAGAAAGGGAAAGAACAUUCCCGCGAAGCAGAGUCCACACAACAACCGCUCAACCACGCGCGCUCCGGUCACGGCCGACAGGAGGAACACAACCGACCUCGUAAAGUGACCUUUCUUGAUGAACAAACUGCACAGUUUGAUUCUGAUCUAGGUCUUUCAAUCACGCUUCGAUUCGCACCUCGAUUUGACAACAGAAAAUAACCUGUUCACAGAGCACGCUUCUGAGCCGAGACACACUUAUAGUGUGAUGAUCUGAGAGUUUACCACGCUUUUGCCACGCUCGCCCUCUCUCAGCACUGCGGAGCACCAGAAUCUCUCACAAAACUGUGGAAACACUAAAGCAUUACGAGCCCCUGUGUGGGGUUCCACCCCGUCGUUUCACACCCACGAUGGGACUAAACAGCGACUGUGGGGUUGUUAUAUGAAAAUGUUUUAACUGCAUCUAAUAUAUUUCAUACGAGUCGUUUAUCUGAGUGAGAAUAUCAGUAUGAACUCUCUCUUCAUUCAUUACUGAGAACACAAAUAUAACAGAGAACAUACAGGAUUGAGUCUCGUAACAGAAAUGUUUUUGUGUUCUUUGUGUUUCAAGAAAGCUGAAUUUAUGACUUUACGGAUAUACAGUAAAAGCAACACUCUUUUACAUUUCUAUCAUUUCAUUGUAGACAUGAGUCCAUUAUACACAGAAGAAUUCUGUGACAAUUACGUGAUAUUCUCCAUUUAUUUACAAUUCUGCAUAACACUCUUCUAAACGUAUUGACACUUCUUUAAGUCUCAAACCAAAUGUAUUCAUUUAGAAUAUACUUCCUGUAUUCUCUAGAGGAAUCUUUAUUUUAUUCUCACACAUUAAGAGAUAACAGGAGAAAUAUUUUGGCACAGCAGCUUCACCCGCUGGGCUGUCCUGUUGGCCAAAAAUAUAUCAUACAAAUGUGUGUGAGUGUGCGUGUGUGUGUGUCUUUGACCAUUUCCCCCUCUUAAUUAUUCUGCAGGGUAGAUUGAAGUUCUUCAGGGGCCGAGAGAUCCCCACAUGCAGAAAAACACGACAUGAUGUAACAAACUAGCUUCUGAGAGAGAGAGAGAGAGAGAGAGAGAGAGAGACGGCGCUUUCAAAAAGAGAAAAGAAGUUAAAUGCUAUUGUAGCUGAAUAUUUGGCAUGUACACACACUCCUGAUCUGUCUUUGUGUAUUGUGUGGUAUUUCUCAGACUUUUGUGUAUAGUUUUAAUGUUACUGCACAUUAUAUUUUCAUCAGUAAUACAUGUGCACACACACACACACACACACAACAUUUCAUAGACGCAGUGUCAGUGUUAAUACACUACAGUAUUUUUGAAUACACUAAAUAAAGUGUAAAACAGUGGAGGUGAUUACAUCGCUGUGAAUGCAGGACAGAUCAUCAGAAAGACACCAGCAUUUUGAAAAUGAUAAUUUACUAAAUAAAGAACAAUACUUUAUACAGUUAUUUAUUGUAUUAGGUAAAUAUCAUAUACUGUACAUUAAACGAAGUGGGCCUUAUGUACACCAAACUUUUCACAUUUUAUCAAUGAUUUUAAAUAUGUAUCAUGACAUUGGAACAAAUGGAUAACAAAAAAGCUCUGAAAACAUGUAAUAGUUUAAAAGCACUUAACUUUAUUUAAAGUGAUGGUUUUCUUUCUUUUCUCUUUGUCUCUGGCAAUGUGAUGUAACACAUGUUGUAUUGUAUUUGUGGCGAUAAAGAAGUGUACAAGAAUCAAGGGGGAAAAAAGAAAGACACCAGCAGUCACACAGAGCGGUGACAUCACUGUAUGAUGAUGACAUCACACGUCACAUGUUCAGCAGAGUGUUUGUUUGUUUGUGGUUCUAUAGGAGAUCAGAUCCAGUGUUUUCUGUUUUACUCUUCUUAAACUUUAAAUGAUGUUGCACUAAUAAUGGUUUUAUUCCAGUACUUGACAGAAUGAUUUAUAUUAUUACAUUUUUCAUGUUUCUUUUCAAGUUUUUGCUUUAUUAUUGUUAUUUUAUAUGUAUAUUAGUUUGAGCAGGCUCAUAUCUUGUAUACUAUUUCACUAAAACUUAUUAAAAAGAUUCUUUUUUUAAAUCGUCUGUGUGUUGUGUUUGCCUUUUCUGUUUACGUCUGUGUGUGUGAGAGAGAGAGUCAUAAGGCUCUUUGUCUAUUGUCUGAACACUGAAAGAAGCCUCAUAAAAAGACACAACAUGACUUCUCUUACAUUUUGAGACAGAAACUGCACACGCACACACACAC